UGAACACUCCUAAAGUACAGAAUAUUUCCAUCCCCACGCAACCCACCCUUCGGCCCUUGAGAGCAACCAUGCCUCCUCCUUAUCCUCCUCUACAGACCUGAACCCUCCCUCACCAUUUCUGCACUAUCCAUGACGUCCGUCUUCUCGUCCAUGGUCUGGCCCUCACGGUCGCCGUCUCGCCCUUCUCCCUUCCAAGCAACGGCAAACCAAUGCCACCAGAGCACUUCACGUGCUCCUGAUGACGCCUCCGAUCCCGUCGAGCCGCAUCUUCGAGAGCUUAACGCUGGACUGCAAGCCCUGGUCGACAUCUUUCCAGACAUACAACCAGAGGUGUUCCGCGAGAUGCUGUCGACGUUCAGCGAGGAGAGCAGGCUACAGGUGAUAACAGAAACGCUGCUGAAGCACGGGGCAAAGUAUGUACGGGGCCGGUACAGGACGCCUGCGGAGCAGGGUGAGCAUCACCUCUCGCCAAAGUACAAAUACCGCUCCCUGGACCCGCACAAGGACACCCGAGGCAUCCCUUUGGCGUUGGAGGAUACCUUCCGGAGCCAGAGCUAUAAAAGUGCAGCCAAAGAGGCGCUGUAUCGCGAGUUCUCGGGUCUCAGCCACUCGACGAUCAAGGCGGUGCUGGCGGAGUGGAACUGGAGCUACACGCACGCGAGGGAGACGCUGCUGGUGCUGGCGUCCAAGAGCUGGCGAGCCUCGAUCGCGAGUUUCUUUCUGCGAAGGAAGAUGCCCACCGCAACGGACCAUCCACUGGUGCUAUGGACGUCUGCAGACGCGAAGCUGGGGCGGUCGGGGGUGCCGUUUCUUGUCAGGACAAAGAGCCGGGAGCUGGACAAGGAGCUGUACGACACGCUGAUCCUGCCGGAGCUAGAAAAGCAGCGAAAAGAGCAGAUUGCCAAGGACUUCGAGCUCGCCGUGCAGUUGGACGAGGCGGAGGCAGAAGAAGCGGGAGAAAUGUACGACUGUGAAUGCUGCUUUAUCCCAAACACGCUGGCGCAGAUGUCCACCUGCGACGUUCAAGGCCACCACAUCUGCUUCAGCUGCAUACGGCAUUCGAUCAAUGCAGCUCUCUACGACCAGGGCUGGGCGCGCAACAUCAACUCGGAGCUCUGCACUCUAAGGUGCGUGGCUCCCAUGACAGACGGCCGUGGCGACCAGUGCUCUGGCUGCAUCCCACUGCAAUUCAUUGAGCGUGCUCUCCUCGAGGAGAAGGACGGCGCAGACAAUAUCCGCAAACUCAACGAACGCUUCGCCUCCGAAGCCCUGCUCCAGUCCCGCCUCCCCCUCACCCGCUGUCCUUUCUGCUCGUACGCCGAAGUCGACACGCUCGCCCUCCCCCGAGCCGAUCUCUUCUCCACGCUCAAAGUCCGCCGCGGCCGCCUCCUUCUCGCCUCCGUCCCGCUCCUCGAGCUCCUCUGCUGGGGAAUCUUCCGCGUGAUACUGCAAUUCGCUCUCCUGGCCUUCACUUCCCUUGCGCUGCUAGGCUACGUCUCCGGGAAACCCUUCGAUGUCACAGGUCCCCUCGACUCCGCCCUCCGCCGCAUCCACCUGCGCCGCCGCGGACUGCGCUUCCAGUGCCUCUCCCCUUCGUGCGGACGGCAAUCCUGUCUCUCCUGCUCCGCCCCCUGGCACGAUCCCCACGUGUGCUACUCCUCGCAAUUGCAGUCCCUACGUCUGACGCUGGAGCGCGCCACCACGGACGCGGUCAAACGGACCUGUCCGGACUGUAAUCUGGCCUUCGUCAAGAGCGAGGGGUGCAACAAACUGGUUUGUCUGUGUGGAUACAGCAUGUGUUAUCUCUGCAGACAAGGGCUGGCGACCGAGGGAUACAAUCAUUUUUGCCAGCACUUCCGCGAGGUUCCGGGUCGCAAAUGUACGGAGUGCGACAAGUGCGAUUUGUAUCAGGUGGAGGACGAGGAGGAGGUUGUCAGGAGGGCGCGCGAGGCGGCGGAACGGGCGUGGUGGGAGCGGCAAGGGGAGCGCCAGGGGAGUCCGAAUGAGAAGGCGUUGGAGAGGAGAGUGAGCGAGAGUGACGGCCUGAAAGGGUGGGGCGUGAGUACGAGGAUGAGCGUGUGGGAGGAUUGGCUGGAGAGGGCGAUUGAGGCGUUGGUGGUUUGAAUGGGGAUUUCAUCUGCUGGUGGAGAGGUCAAGAUUGGUUAGAUUCGAGAUACCCAGCGUCGUGUUACGCGUUACCUGUACUUUCAUUCAUCUCGGUUGUUCAGAUCUAAUCAACUCUGCUACAUUCAUUAUUCAUAACUCGUGAG